CGGGUGGCGGCUGCGCUGCUCCGCGGGGCCGGGCCGGGCUGGCAGCGGCUGGCGCUUGGUGGUGAGGGCGGGCUCCCGGGGGCGGGCGGAAUGGCCCUCACCUAGAACCGUGGGAGAAGCAGCGGAACCCAGGAUGCCGGCGAGGCGGCGCGGCGGCUCCUCACCCAUCCCAGAUGUUGAUCAUCUUUCUGAAGUAGAAUCUCCAUGGCUUGAACAUUUUCUGAAAAUCACUUUGAGCAAAAUAUCUGUUUAAUCACAAGAGAGCCACAUCAAGAUGGUUGGCAAACUGAAACAGAACUUACUAUUGGCAUGUCUGGUUAUUAGUUCUGUGACAGUGUUUUACUUGGGCCAGCAUGCCAUGGAAUGCCAUCACCGAAUAGAGGAACGUAGCCAGCCAGUCAAAUUGGAGAGCACAAAGACCACUGUGCGAACCAGCCUGGAUGCGAAAGCCAACAGAACCUUUGCCUAUCACAAAGAUAUGCCUUUAAUAUUUAUUGGAGGUGUGCCACGGAGUGGCACUACACUCAUGAGGGCCAUGCUAGAUGCACACCCUGACAUUCGCUGUGGAGAGGAAACCAGGGUUAUUCCUCGAAUCCUGGCCCUGAAACAGAUGUGGUCACGGUCGAGUAAAGAGAAGAUCCGCUUAGAUGAGGCUGGUGUCACUGAUGAAGUGCUGGAUUCUGCCAUGCAAGCCUUCUUACUAGAAAUCAUUGUGAAGCAUGGGGAGCCAGCCCCUUAUUUAUGUAACAAAGAUCCUUUUGCCCUGAAAUCCUUAACUUACCUUGCUAGGUUAUUCCCCAAUGCCAAAUUUCUCCUUAUGGUCCGAGAUGGCCGAGCAUCAGUACAUUCAAUGAUUUCUCGAAAAGUUACUAUAGCUGGAUUUGACCUGAACAGCUACAGGGACUGUUUGACCAAGUGGAAUCGUGCCAUAGAGACCAUGUAUAACCAGUGUAUGGAAGUUGGUUAUAAAAAAUGUAUGUUAGUACAUUAUGAACAACUCGUCUUACAUCCUGAACGGUGGAUGAGAACACUCUUAAAAUUCCUUCAUAUUCCAUGGAACCAUUCCGUAUUGCACCAUGAAGAGAUGAUUGGGAAAGCUGGGGGAGUGUCACUGUCAAAAGUGGAGAGAUCUACAGACCAAGUCAUCAAGCCAGUCAAUGUGGGAGCCCUAUCCAAAUGGGUUGGGAAGAUUCCUCCAGAUGUUCUGCAGGACAUGGCAGUGAUUGCACCCAUGCUUGCCAAACUUGGGUAUGACCCAUAUGCCAAUCCACCUAACUAUGGAAAGCCUGAUCCAAAAAUCCUGGAAAACACUAGAAGGGUCUAUAAAGGAGAAUUUCAACUACCUGACUUUCUUAAAGAAAAACCCCAGACUGAACAAGUGGAGUAGCAGAGCCAGGAGCCUUUUUCACAUAUGAGGAAAGAUGCUGCCUUUUCAACCCGAGGGAAGCUCCAGGGCUGGCUGUCGCCUGCUGGGAUCAGUGGAGUGUAUGCACCCAGCCACAUCUCCUGCUCUUUUGCCAGUCUCCUCCCACGAGGGUGGAGGUAUCAAGCACGCAUCUGGGCUCCCUGGGUGGCUUGCUUCCCGAGCAAAGCCUCUGAUCCUUGUUACGUGCACAGCCCGAGGACCGGGACGCUCUGUUAGAACUGCUCUGCUCUUCAGCUUUUCUUACCAGAUUUCAAGCUUUGUUUUCACAGAGAGGAUUUUAAAAUGGGAUUCUGUAAGCAAACUGGGCAGUUUCAUUUUGGAAUAGGUUGUCCGUACGUGUAUUAAUGUUUUAUAGCGCACUUGUGCCUGUUUAAAUGUAUUGAUGUGGAUAAUAUGAAAUAUCUUAAUUAUUUAAAUAAUUCACUGUAUUGUUUCUGAAAAGUUGGGAAAUUACCGUAUACCUUUACAACUUAAUGACUUUUGUAUUUUAUUUUUCAAAAUAAAAGCUUUAAAUGUGAA